AUGACAGCCUGGAAGAUGAACAGGAAAAGGACUGAAUAUGAGGAUAAAGUAAUAGAAAGUUGGGCAAAAAGCCUGAGAAUAAAUGACUUAAAUGAGGGAUGGUCCAAGCUUUAUUGGGUGGGGCCCACUUUAACUCUUGUAUUGGUUAUUGAUAGUUUUGUAUGUUUUUUUUGUACCCCCAUUUAUUGCACAAAGCUAAAGAGUGUGAAUGUGAGUGUGAGUGCUGAUCAUUCUCUACUUGUAUGUGUUACAGCAGGAGGAGACAUCCCUCUCCAGGUGACUGGCCGUGUAGGGGAGACUGUCACACUGACACCCCAUCUGAAUCUCACACGUCCCAUUGUUAGAGUCACAUGGAUAUUUAAUUGCAAUGGGAAGAGAAUAUUCCUGGCUGAAUUCAGAGAGCAGAAGUUUAUCAGAGAAAAUGAGAAUUAUUUCAUCAACCGCCUGGAAGGAUCUAACAGUGGAACCUCAUUACAAAUCAGAGAGCUGAGAAUGGAGGAUAGUGGAGUCUUCACUGCACACAUUCUUGUUAAUGGAGAAAUGAGAGAAAUAUCCUAUAAUCUCACUGUAUAUGAGCCUCUCCCUAUCCCUACACCAGUAAUAGAAAAGACAUUAGAUGAGAAUUCCACUGAUCUGUGUCAUCUUCAUUGUUCUGUCCCAUCCAACUCAACAAGUGUGUCCUACAGUUGGAUCUACAGAGAUAAAGACACUGACAUACUAUAUGCAAAUGGCAGCACAAUCAGUGUAUCACUGAAGGAUAAGACAUUGGGGACACAAUUUAUCUGCUUGGUACAAAAUCCUGCUCAUACCAACAAUGUGUCAGUCCCUUUAUAUCCAUGUGGGGAGACACAAACAAAGACACAAAGUAAAGGUAUGUAUGGGGGGCAAAUAAACAAAAAUAAUCAGUUUUGGAUCCAGUGUUUUUGUAAAUCAAAGGUAAUUAGGAUCAAAAGUAAAAUGGCAGCACAAUCAGUGUAUCACUGAAGGAUAAGACACAAGGUGGGACAUUCACUAAGAAUCGU